AUCGAUUUAGUAACGAAUCAAUUUCUGUUUAUUAUUAUCGUACAAAACGUAGUUCGUCAAUGUGCGCAGUAGCACAAUCUGCAAACACUGCCACAAACGAGCCUCCACUUCCGGACGACAAUAUUGUUGUAAUGUUGUCUAUCUUCAUAGAAAUUUGAUGGUGUUCGUGUCAAUAAUAUAAAGCCAAUUGCUUUAUAGCUUUAUUCACUGGAAUAUUGUAAAUUUCUUAUUGUUUUCAUUAUUUUCUUCGCUGUGCGUCAUUUAAUAAAACAAUAAUUGCGAUAAACUAUCAACAAAAACCCAGUAUUCUUGUCUAGGCAAAAACCUACUUAGGUAGUUAUUGUUUUGGCUUAUUAUUAGUGUUUAGUGAUAAAUUAACUUUUUAAAUAACGUUGACGUAUUUAUUUUACAUUUUGCGCUUUAAUGAUAUUGUCCUAUUUGAUUUUUUUUUUUUAUUAUUAUUAUUGAAAUAACCAAUUCAUUGUUGUUUCUUGUGCUAAAAAGAUAAAUCGGAACUCUUUUCAAGUCGAUUAGCGGUUAGUAUAUAUUUUCAAAAUUUUGGACAGUUUUUAAAAUGAGACACGUAUACCCACAUUCCAUGUCAAAUAAUUCAGUAAGCAGAAGUCAAAAUAUGAGUUCACAGUCAGUUGAAACAGAGUCUGAUGUUACUGAAACUAAUGAUAGUGAUACUGCUGAUUCAUAUCAAAUUGUUUCAAGUACUACUGACGAUGUAUUGUUAAAAAAUAAAGAAACAUUAAAUUCUUCUGAAGUAUCUAUUUCAUCUACUGACGAUAGCAAUGUUAAUACAUCAAAUGAUGCGAAAGCAGUUGAGCGUAAAUCCAGAUCUAGAUCUCGGUCUUCAAAUGACUCUUCGGGCUCGGAAUCAGAUUCUUCUUUACAUUCAGCUUCUGGAUCCGGUACAAGGAAAUCUAAAUUUCGAUCAAGAAAUAUGUUGCAAAGUCAAUCAAGAUCAAAGUCAAAAUCUCGUUCAAGAUCUAAGUCAAAAUCUCGUUCAAGAUCUAAAUCUAGAUCUUCUUCAGUAUCGUCAGUGGGUUCUCAUUCAUCUUUUAAAAAAAGUAAAAUAAAACGUAAAAUUGUAUCUGAUUCGGAAGAUGACGAUGUUCCACAUAACCUAGUUGAAAUCGAUUCUGAUGAUGGCCGAGAUCACCGUCAAGAACUAGAGGAUAACAUAGUAGAGAAAAAAAAAUUUAAAAAGGUUAAAAUUAUGUCAGAUUCUGAAUCUGAGGAAGAUGAUGAUGCCAACAAUGUACCCAUUAAGAGUCCAGUUGUUCGUGAGGAACACGCUGUAUCUGAUGAUGAAUUGGCUUUAGAUGUGUUACCAGAAUUAACAGAUGAUUCCGAUAAUGAAGAUGAUCCAAGUGCAGUAAUUGGCACAAGCCCUAGCAAAAGUAGUGCUACUAAUAAAAACGAAGAGGAUCUUGAUGAUCCUGAUGAACGCGAUAAUCAUAAUAGUGAUAAUAAUCCAGCAUCAGAUUUUGAACUUAUGAUGAUGCGUAAAAAAGAAGAACAAUCAAUGAAACGUCGCAGGAAGGAUAUAGAUAUUAUAAAUGAUAAUGAUGAUAUUAUUGCUGGAUUAAUUAGUGAUAUGAAAAAUGCUGCUGAAUGUGAUCGACAAUUAAACAAAGAAGGAAAACCUGCGAUUAACAAAAUUACAAUGUUGCCAAAGUGUUUAUCUCAAUUAAAGAAACACAAUUUGAUGUUAGCUUUUAUUGAGCACAAUGUAUUAAAUGUUUUUACUGAUUGGCUAGCUCCUAUGCCAGAUAGAAGUUUGCCUUCUUUGCAAGUCCGCGAGUCAUUAAUAAAACUUUUAGCUGAUUAUCCUCCAAUUGAACAAUCUACUCUCAAGUAUUCUGGUAUUGGUAAGGCUGUCAUGUAUUUGUACAGACACCCAAAAGAAACUAAAGAAAAUAGAGAACGUGCUGGUCGUCUUAUAAAUGAAUGGGCUCGUCCAAUUUUUAAUUUGUCAACAGAUUUUAAAGCAAUGUCCAAAGAAGAAAGGGAAGAACGAGAUCUGGAACAAAUGCCUAGGCGGAAGCGUACAAGUGUAGAUGAUAACAAACACGAUGAUGAUGAUGACGAUGACGAUGAUGGUCCAAAAACAUUAAAACCAGGUGACAAAGGUUGGAUUGCCAGAGCCCGUGUACCUACUCCAUCAAAUAAGGAUUAUGUGGUUAGACCAAAGUCAAUAACAGAUGCUGAUAUUUCAAGGGCUGUAAAGCGACCAAUGAACCGUUUUGAAAAGCAUUUAAAGAAUUAUAUGGAUAGCAAGAGAAAUAAUCAAUCUAAACGUGCAGUUCCAAUAUCAAUAGAAGGAAGAAAAAUGGGGUUGUAAAUGUUUUUAUAUUGUAACUAUGCUUAUUUUUAAGUCAUUGUAAAAACUUCGUUUGAUUAUUAGUAUAUUUUCAUUUUUCAUUUAUUUAGUACUUAAUUCAAUAAGUUUAUUAACUAUAAAACAAAUAUUAGUUAUAAGUACUUAAUUUAGUAUACAUUUGUAUUAGUAUAUUUAUAAUUAUCUCAUAAAAUUAAUUACAUUUAACAUUUUAAUGUAUUUAAAGUUCUAUAAUAACAUAGGCUAUAAUUAUAAGUUUUACAUUAGGUUAAUCAUUAUGAAUACCGUCAAGAUAUAAAUUUGGUUUAAUUGUAGUCGGACAAAAUAAAAUAUCAAACAAAAAAGUACUUUUAAA